AUGCAAUCAAAAUAAUUCUUUCUCUUUACUUCUCUGAAGUAAGAUUAUAUACCUCCUUAAAAUUGUAUUAAUGCAAAACCAUUUAAUUAAUUAACAGCAAUUAAUUAAGUAAAUAAUGAAAGCCAUAAACUUUAAAAUCAUAUACAAAAUACAUCAACUAAUCAACUUGAAGGUGUAUAAGGCCAAUUGCAGAUUUAAUUCGAAAAUGAUCAAAACACAUAUGUUGGAAGUGGCACACUUUGUAUUUAUGGAUAAGGUUUUUAAAAUAAUAAAUAUUUUCUCUUAACUUGUGCUCAUAAUUUAGUAGAUAUAAAUGAAAAUUAGAAAUCUAUUAGAUAUGCAAAUAAAAUAACAUAUUAUUAUUCUAGAAAAGAUUAAAAUACAUAUUUUUGCAGAUUAUUGGCAGAAAAAUAUGUUUUACAUCCUGGAUACAUCUUUAAUAAUAAAUUUGAUGAUGGAUUUGAUUUAUCUUUGGUUAAACUUGCUGAUUAAUCAAUAAUGUAAAAUGGUCCUCUUAGCAAGAAUUCAAUAUGGGGAAUACCUUUAGAAAAAAGCGGAGCAAUUUAAGGCUCAAUUAUUAAAAUUAUUGGUUAUCCAUUAGGAACUUCAGGUUAAUUAUAUUCUAUUGAUGGAAUUAUUAAUGAAAUUGAUUUUCAUGAUGAUGGAUAAGCUUUGAUACUUUAUGAUAUUAAAAGUGCAUGUCUUGGGUAAGAUGGUUCUCCAAUAUAUUUAAAAAUUGCAGAUAAUUAAUGGAGCAUAAUUGGUAUUCAUCUUGGUUAUAAUUUGGAGAAAAAAAGUUUUAUUGGCACUGGCUUAACAUAAAACUUACUUGACUGGAUUUAUCAAUAAUAAUAAGAAUUAUGA